GCGGUCCUCCUCCUCUGGUAUCAGACACACACACACACACACACACACACACACACACACACACACACCCCACACACACACACACACGCAGUCCAAACCCCCAGAAAAGCCCAGCUGAAUCCUCACACCGUCUGUCAGCAUGGGGAGCGCUUGUUUUUCCCGGGACGUUUGUUUGUUUAUCCUCCUCAUAAAUACUUGCAGGGUGAUGGGGAAUGUCGGACUCGCAGAUGCAGAUGAGUGUGCAGAAGCUUCGGAUGACUGCCACAUCGACGCCCUCUGCCAGAACACGCCCAAGUCCUACAACUGCAUCUGCAAGCCGGGCUACAAGGGAGAUGGCAAGCAAUGCGAAGACAUGGACGAGUGUGAAAACGACUACAAUGGAGGCUGUGUCCAUGAAUGCAUCAACAUACCUGGCAACUACAGGUGCACCUGCUACGAUGGAUUCAUGCUGGCCCACGACGGACACAACUGUCAGGAUGUGGACGAGUGCGUGGACAACAACGGCGGAUGCCAGCAAGUGUGUGUCAACACCAUGGGGAGCUACGAGUGUCAGUGCACCGACAGCUUCUUCCUCAGCGACAACCAGCAUACUUGCAUCCACCGCUCCGAUGAUGGGAUGAACUGCAUGAACAAGGACCACGGCUGUGCCCACAUCUGCAGAGAAGCUCCAGGCAAAGGUGGGGUGUCGUGCGAGUGCCGUCCUGGCUUUGAGCUGGCCAAAAACCAGAAAGAAUGUACAUUGACGUGCAACUAUGGAAACGGCGGUUGCCAGCACACUUGUGAUGACACAGACACAGGGCCGGUGUGUGGCUGUCACCAGAAGUACGCCCUGCACUCAGACAGCAAGACCUGCAUCGAGAAAGAUGAGGCUGCAAUUGAGAGCUCUGAGUUCAAUGCCACGUCAGUAGCUGAUGUGGACAAGCGGGUGAAACGGCGGCUACUUAUGGAGACCUGUGCCGUCAACAACGGCGGCUGCGACAGGACGUGUAAAGACACGGCCACAGGGGUGCGCUGCAGCUGCCCCGUGGGAUUCACUCUGCAGCCUGAUGGCAAAACCUGCAAAGACAUCGACGAAUGCCAGGAGAACAACGGAGGCUGCGAUCACUUCUGCCGGAACACAGUGGGAUCCUUCGAAUGCAGCUGCCAGAAAGGACACAAACUGCUCACUGAUGAACGGACAUGUGAAGACAUUGACGAAUGCUCCUUUGAGAGAACCUGUGACCACACCUGCAUCAACUACCCUGGCAGCUUUGAGUGCUUGUGCAAAAAGGGAUACAUCCUGUAUGGCCUCACUCACUGUGGAGACAUUGAUGAGUGCAGCAUCAGUAACGGGAGCUGUGAGAAUGGCUGCAUAAAUACCCAGGGAGGCUACGAGUGUGUGUGUCCACCUGGACAGAAACUCCACUGGAACAAAAAAGAUUGCAUCGAGGCGGUGAAGUGUCUUCCUAAUGGGAAGCCAGCACCCCGAGCCCAGCUUAUGUGCAACAAGAGUGGAGGAGCAGAGGUCUGCUCACUCUCCUGCCCAUCCAAUGCCCUCUUCCUUGCAGACUCAGAGAACAGCUACACACUGAGCUGUGGAGUGCCUGUACAGCCUGGUAAAGCUCCUCAGAAGAGGAAUGCCACCACUGCGUUACCUACAUGUGCCGACACACUGGCCCCCCCAAUCAAACAGAAGGCCAGGUUCAAGAUCAAAGACGCCAAGUGUCACCUAAAGCCCCGCAACAAGGAGAAACACAGAGAUUCAUCCAAGCAGAACCUGCAAGUAGGCCAGUUCCCCUGCACCGACGACUGCCAGGUAACUUUUGUCAACCUCAAGUGCGACUCAUCUAAGAAGCGCCGACGGGGACGCAAAUCUCCUUCCAAAGAGGUUUCCCACAUCACAGCUGAGUUUGAGAUGGAGAUGAAGGAGGAAGAAGCUUCAGACACGUGUAAUGUGGACUGUGUGCGGGAAAGGAUGAAGCAGAAGCUGCAGAGCACCAUGCGGACGCUCAGGAAGUCCAUCAACAAACAGCAGUUUUACAUCCAGUUCUUUGGGACGGAGUACGAGGUGGCCCAGAAACCGUCCAGGGCACCAGAGGGAGUCGAGGCCUGCAGCACGGGGCAAGUCCUCCGAGACGGAAAAUGUGUGAGCUGUGGUGUGGGGACAUUCUACAGUGGGGAGCAGGAUCAGUGUGUCCAGUGUCCUGCCGGUACCUACCAGGACACGGUGGGGCAGCUGUCCUGUGAGCCAUGUCCCAGCACUGAAGGACAGGGCAUCGCUGGCGCCAAGAAUGUGUCUCAGUGUGGAGGUCAGUGUACAGCAGGCCACUUCUCUGCUGACGGGUUCCGUCCAUGCCAGCCCUGUGCACUGGGUUCCUACCAGCCAGAACCAGGCAGAGUUCUCUGCUUCCUCUGUGGAGGAGGUCUCCUGACCAAGUAUGAAGGAUCAGUGUCCUUCAGGGACUGUGAGGCGAAAGUGCACUGUGCUCCUGGACACUACUACAACUCCAGUACCCAUCGCUGUAUCCGCUGCCCAGCAGGAACCUACCAGUCUGAGUUUGGGCAGAACUACUGUAUCACCUGCCCGGGGAACACCACCACUGACUUUGACGGGGCCACCAACGUGUCCCACUGCAAAAACCAGCUGUGUGGAGGCGAGCUGGGAGAAUACACAGGCUACAUUGAGUCUCCUAACUACCCAGGAGACUACCCAUCCAACGUUGACUGCAUCUGGACCAUCAACCCACCACACAAGAGGCGGAUUCUCAUCGUGGUACCAGAGAUCUUCCUCCCCAUUGAGGAUGAGUGUGGAGACGUGCUAGUCAUGAGGAAGAGUGCCCUUCCUACCUCCAUCACCACCUAUGAGACGUGUCAGACCUAUGAGCGGCCCAUUGCCUUCACCUCUCGCUCUCGCAAGCUCUGGAUUCAGUUUAAGUCCAACGAGGGCAACAGUGGCAAAGGGUUCCAAGUUCCAUACGUCACCUACGAUGAGGACUACCAACAGCUGAUAGAGGACAUAGUGCGCGAUGGCAGGCUCUAUGCCUCUGAGAACCACCAGGAGAUACUAAAGGACAAGAAGCUAAUAAAGGCCCUGUUUGACGUGCUGGCCCAUCCCCAGAACUACUUCAGGUACACGGCACAGGAGUCCAAAGAGAUGUUCCCUCGCUCUUUCAUCAAGCUGCUGCGCUCCAAAGUCACCAGGUUCCUAAGGCCGUACAAAUAGACGGGGCCUCUCCACUGUCCUGUUAAAUCCAUCAACUUAAAUGUAACCCCCCCCCCCCCCUCCCUUGUCUACUUCUCACUGCCUUUGUCAAUGUGUUUUUGUAUCUGUUUUAUGACUACACAUCUUCAUUUCCUGUAUUUUUCCUCAAUCCUCACAUGCUGCCUUUCCUCAUCUUUGACCCCUUUAAGUAGUAACACAUCACACACGCUUCUCUCUUGCUACUACAGCUUUUUCUAUAAGGUUUGACCAAUAUGGGUUUUGCAGGCCAGUAUUAAUAUUUUUAAAACAAAGUGGGAGAUGCCCGAUAUAAAUUGUGUGUAUAUAUUCUUUCCUUAAAUCUGAACAUUUUAUACUGAAGAGUAUUUUUUUCCAGUUUGGUACAAUAACAUUUAGCAGCUCCUUAAGACAGGGUGGCCAUGCGUGCCAGUGAAGGUGCAAUAACUGCAGUACUGGUGGUGGAUGUUUUAAU